UAUAAAAUUUUGUUGGUUGUUGGGUUUGGUAAAUUUGUUUCUUGUUUUUGCUUUUCUGCGAAAAAGGCGCCUUCUUCUUCCUUCUCUCGCGCCCCCAAUUAUUCUCUCUCGUUCGAUUCCUCCCCCACCUGAAAUUUCGUCGUGCCUCGUCAUCGGCGGCCGGCGAACGGGAGGCGACAAGCCAGGCCUCCUUCCGCCGGAGUCUUCUCUCUCUCGUCGAGAGGCGUCGCCGUACAUCCCACCUCUUCCUCCUCCUCAUGCCCCCUCUCUGCUGGCACUGGACUGGCGUGCAGCGGAGAUUCAUCUGGACCAUGAGUUAUUUCUUAGUUUGUUCUGAGCGCAGAUGAAUAUUUCUGGCAAGUUCUACUUUUGAUCACGUUGGUGCUUUUCAGGAUGAGCUCAAAGGUCAUGAUAACCUACAAGAGGAAGCGUGUUACCUCACGCGUGCAUACAGCUGAUGACACAGUUCUUAAUUCAUCUUCUGCUGCUUCUAGUUCCAGCAGUGUAGUUGUCAGCAGUUUACCCCCUAAGCUUGAGGCCCAUGCCGAGAACAAUGAGAUAAACAAAGAUAAUUUUCCUACUUCUAUAAAGCAUCAGGGUGUCUGCAAGUCAAUGCAACAAAACAUCAAAGAAGAACUAGCUAAGCAAAGCACAUGUGAACCAGAGAAAGGACAAAAGGAACUUCAGUUGUGUGAAUCAUUACCACAGAAAGAACACCCUGAAAUUUGUUGUGCCACCAUUCUCUCAACCGCAGGGACACAUGAUAAUAAUUUGCAAUGCACUGAUGACACAAAUAAUCCAAUUCCUGUUUCAAGUUCUGUGUGUGAUCCCAUGCAUGUUGAUGGGAUGACUAAUUGUACAGAAGGUUCUAAUACCUGUGCUCUUGUGGACAUACAUUCUCAUCAAGAACCAAAAGAUUCUGUCCGACUUGGCCAAUGUAAGAAUAGAUUUAGUCCUCUGCUUACCUUUCGCAGGCGAGUUAAAAAGAAAAUUAAUUUGGACAAACCGGCAGAGGAAAAUUGUUCACCAGACAACGACAAACAGUGCUCAACACUGACGUGCAGCCCACCAAGCUUGCAACUGAAUGCUACACCAUUGCUCAGACAUAUUGGUGGGAAAUCUUCAGAUAUUGAAGAUAAGGUAGCCACCGUGGGAAGAAAUACUGGACUAUCUAUAAAUGAUGAACACUUGAUUGAACAGAAAAGUUCAAACAUCAUAAAAUCCUCGGUUCAGCAUAUUGUUCCCUCACUGACUGCUGAAGUUGUAAACCCAAACAUGACCCUGGAACACGAUGUUACACCAGUGUCAAAGUUCACUGAUGUGCAAGAUGCAAGAGUGGAGGACUCGAGCAAAACAUUGCCAGGUACUAUUGAAGUGCCAAAAGUUAUUGAUGUGAAGGGGGAGGGACAUGGUAACAGGCAAACUAGUUCCCUACAGUCACCAAGACAAAAAAUAAAUGUCAAUUGGUCGAAACCUGCCAGUAAAUCUGUGGCAGAAGAUCUUCUAGAAUCUCAAGGUUCAACAAAAAAUGUUACAAUUAUUGUCUUGGAUGAUGAUAUUGAUGAGAGAGGCAAAGAGCUGGAACAUUUAGAGGUUCUUGAUCAAGGGGUUCAGAAUAAAAAUAAAAGUGCAUUAUCUUUAGGGCUGGUUGACCUGAACUGUGCUGAACUACAACAAGAGGGACUUCUCCAUUUGGAUGACUCAUCGAUUCAAAGGAUGCCAGAUCAGGAUCUAUUUGGUAAUGCUCGAAAGCAAAUGUCUCAACCAAUUGAAAGGAUGUUUUUCACAAAGGAGAAAGAUGCUAUCCAUGGUAAACAACAGCAGCACGAAGGAAGCUCGACCAUGCAUACUCCACACUCAAAUUUCUUUGACCUGACUCCACCGUGGAACACUGGGAGUUUCAAGGGACCAAGGAGCUUGCCUUCAGAACUGAAGUUCAGAAUAAUGGAUAAGGUUCCUGAAUUCAAUUUAGACCUCAGCUUGGAUAGUCUCCAAGACAGUAGCGUGUCUACUCGGAGGAGCAAUAAGUUGUUUCCUGGAGGCACCUCCAGUGGAUCUCGUAAGCUGACAGAAAAGCUUGGUACAUACUCCUACAAAAGGCACUCGGCUCCCUGGUCAGAAGAAGAGUUGGAUUUUCUUUGGAUUGGAGUUAGGAGGUAUGGUAUAAACAAUUGGAAUGCAAUGCUAAGGGAUACACGGCUACGGUUCUCAAACUCAAGAAUGCCUGAGGACCUUGCUAAGCAAUGGGACAAAGAACAAAAGAAGCUUCUGGGUGUAGAUCUCCUUCAAUCAAUCAAAGCAUCUGCUCUGGGUCCUGCACCACCUCCACUUAUAGCGGAAGAUUAUCCUGGUAGUGCUUCGUGCUCUGGAUGCUCAAAGUCGCCAUUUCUUGCAGCUCAAACGGACCUUUCAUUGGGUGAUGUCUAUCUCCGGAACGCUCGUGCAUCAGAGAGAGGUCAGCAUCAUUUAUCAAGCUUGGGCAUGCUGAACCUUCAUGGAAUUGACGGUGGGCGAAGAAAUCUGUCCCCGGGAGGCUUCCCUGGGGCUUCCUCCUCACACGGAAGAACUGCCGGCAGGCGCAGGAGGGCAUCCAAGUUCCAUAAUUCAUACUACGAGAGCAAGUCACAUUGGUUCCAAGAACCAUCAGAGAGGGCGCCUCAGCUCCUUCCCAUCAACCAACCACAGAUCAGCAGCCUCCCUCAGUGGCUGACAAAAGACGCCGAGACUGGCACAAGCCGGAUCAACCCAGAGAUGUGGCCGAGCAUGCUGCCACCGGGGCAUUUUGCAGGUCAACCGAGGGAUAGCCUUAGAGCUGUUUCUCUCUUUUCUGACGACGUGAAGCCCCAUUUCCUCCCUGAUGCUUCGCUGAAGCGCACGAUGAAGAGGAAUGCGGAUUGGCGGUCGUUCAGCAAGAGGCUGUUCCGGACCGGUGAUGCCUUGGAUCUGAACCAGGAGGCUGCUGCCAUUGCAGGACCCAACGCCAGCGACACCGGCGCGUCAUCGGAAGAGACGGUGUCAGACAGCUGAGCGCCCAUGUUAUUCCUGUAUGUCAGGCUGCACUUACAUGUAUUUUAUGAUGUUGAAGUAGGUGAUCAAUAGCAGUGAGUGAAGGUGCUGCAUCAGGUGUUCCUGUUCAAACUGCCAUAUCCUCUCUAAUGUUAAAGUGUUAUGUCAGUCAGUUAUCUAAUUGCACCUUGUAAUGUACAGUAGUAUAUAUCCAUAACUAGCAGCUGUUAGCUCUCUUCAUAGAGAGAGAUUCAUGGGUAGUGUCAUGUAAGCGGAAUCAAAUAUAUUACCUUAAUUUGUGAUUGCCGUGAACCUAAACAAACGGCCUUUUUUGCUGUA